CCUGCGCGGAAGAAGAAGGACCCUCCAGCCAGCUUUCAGAACGUCCCUGGUCCAGCUCCGGCUCUGCGCUCCGUCCUCCCAGCCAGCAGGUGCCCCCAGACCCCCAGCUCCUCCUCUGCAGCCGUCAGAGCCUCGCCCUCUCUCCCUCUUUCCGCUGCUUCCUGCUCCCGGGAUCCGGGCCCCGAGCUCCGGGGCCAAGGCGCCCGAGGCUUCCCGGGGCGCUCGGCCAGCACCGAAGUUAUGAGUGGAGCUGCCGGCUGGUUACAUUCACCCAUGGAGUCCUCUCGAUAGGUUUCUCAGCUUAUAUUGGCUUCAUUGAUGGCCCUUGGCCUUUUACCCACCCAGGCUCGCCCAACACACCUCUCCAAGUGCACGUUCUGUGUCUCACCUUGGGCUACUUCGUCUUCGACUUGGGCUGGUGCAUCUACUUCCAGUCUGAGGGUGCCCUGAUGCUGGCUCACCACACACUGAGUAUCCUGGGCAUCAUCCUGGCCCUGGUGCUCGGAGAGUCAGGCACAGAGGUCAAUGCAGUCCUCUUCGGAAGCGAGAUCACCAACCCCUUGCUACAGAUGCGCUGGUUUCUCCGUGAAACAGGUCGUUACCACAGUUUCACUGGAGACGUGGUGGACUUCCUCUUUGUGGCUCUGUUCACUGGAGUGAGGAUUGGUGUAGGGGCUCGCCUCCUUUUCUGUGAAAUGGUCUCACCCAAGCCCAAGUGGUUUGUGAAGGUUGGGGGAGUGGCGAUGUAUGGUGUGUCUUGGUGUUUCAUGUUUAGCAUCUGGCGCUUUGCAUGGAGGAAAAGCAUCAAGAAGUACCAUGCCUGGAGAAGCAGGCGGAAUGAGGAGUGGCAGCUGAAACAUAAUGGACAUCUCAAGACACACUAGCCAAGGCUUACUCCAGACCAAUGACUGGGUGAAGUCAGCCGUCGGAACCAGGUUGGACAUAAUGGCUGUUAUGGAAUCAUGCUUAUAACAAACUUAGGUUUCAGAAAAGGGCUACAUUUAUCGAUCAGUUUGGUCGGUCUUCGAGCAGAGCACAUUCCAGUAUUAAAACAGGAAUUUUUACAGUGGUGCAGUUGUAGAAAGUAAGGCUACCCAGCAGUAGUUGUGAAUAAGUCAGAACUGUGAGGUGAGCACGCUGCAUUCCUUUUAGUUUGUGGUGAUCCUGGCUCCUCUGGUCCCCAGGAGGCUUGACGAUCAGACAGCUUAGACAGGAACUCAGAAAAGAUUAGUGCUGUUUCUUCCUCAUUCCUUUGAGAAGGGGCUCCUUCAACAAAUGCUUAUUCCUGCUUUCGUGUAGCAGCUUAAAGAAAUGCACUCCAUUUACUCUAAAGUGAGGAACUCUCAGGAAGAUACAUGCCUUUGGCAUUCCGAGCAUUGGCUCAGGGAAUUGGAUUGGGGGAUAAACAGAUAAGACAAGGACGGGGGUGAAACUGUGGAAGUGUUGGGGGGUUACUUACUGAGCCUCCCUGCACCAUAUACUUUGUAUAUAUCAUAUAGGACUCCCAGGACCACCCUCAGGCUUGGUGCUUCACAAGGAGGACUCACAGGACUCAGCACUUGGUUGUGCUCAUAGCUUUGAUUUAUUAUAGUAAAAGUGUAUAACGAAAGAUCAGCAAAGGGAAAAGGCACGUGGAGCAGAGUACAGGGGACACCAGGCCCAAGCUUCUAGAGUCCUCUUCCACUGGGAUCAUCCAGGAUGUGCUUAGUUCCUCUAGCAAUGAUUUGUUCACAGUAUAUGUGAAAUGUCUACCAAGGAAGCUCAUUAGUGACUUAGUGCCCAAGGUUUUAACUGGGGGGGCUGGUCAUGUAGACAGCCUUUGCCCGGCAUGGAGAAGUCAGCCUUACCCUGACUCCAAGAAGGAAAGGAGGUGUUCAGCAUGAACCAUAUUGUUUGCACAAACAGUUUAGGCCCAGUGAGCCAGUCUUAUCAGUUAAUGUUAAAGUUAAUGCCCUCCCGAUGGCAUCUAAGUCUCCAGAUGCUGGCCUUGGGCCAACCUUGCAAACAGCCUCUUCCGCAGACAGCAGUUCAGGCCUGCUAUGUUAACUCCUUCCUGCACAAAAACCAUAGAGCUAGAGCUUUGGAUGAGAGAUGAAUGAAUUGUGGGUAGAUUUACCGAGUCCUGUUGUACGGGUUCUGCCCUACCAGGAAAACUAUGCCAGUUCUCAGGGCUUUUGUGCAUUAAUCUCCGAGGCAUGAGAGGCUGGGACUGAAUUCCAUAGGGAUUUACCAUGUGGAUUCCACUGGACUUGAGAUGCCAGUUCAGGUUUCAGUGCUGCUAUACAUACUGCAAACUAGAACCAAAGACCAAAUGUCCUGGCUGCAGGGUGAGAGGCCAUUUUUUUUUUUUUUUUUUUUUU